GAGAGAACGGACGGGUUGGGUGAUGGGCCACUUGAGUUUGGGCAAAAGGGCCACCUCAAUAGUAACAAACACUAAGUAAAUGAAUGUGUUUAUUUAUUUAUUUUUUUAAUUUUAAUUUUGUGAAUGCAGACUGUGAUCCCAAAAUAUAACGAUUUCAAGCAGCCCGGAGACAGAUACCGAUCAUGGGAUCCAGCCAGGCAAGAGAGAUUCAUUGUCCGAAUGUGUAAGAUAUUGUCUGACCCACGGGUAACCCAUGAACUCCGCAGUAUUUGGAUCUCCUACUGGACCCAGGCUUACCAGUCUCUGGGGCAGAAGAUAGCAUCACGCCUCAAUGUGCACCCCAAUUAUUGAACACGGUUAUAUUGAGUUUGGGCCCGCUUAAGCUAGAUUGAUGAUCAUGCUAUAGUAGGUCCAUCUCUAAGAUUGUUAUGUUACACAAGCGGGGUUGUAUGUAUCAGUCCUACCUUUCGUCUGUAAUAUUUUAUCAUACUUAAGGAACCUGAAACUUAGAAUAAGUGAACACCUAGAUGUGUGAGUUACAAUAUAAAAUUAUAAUUUUUACUUUACAAUUUUAAA